CACAACACUGCUUGUCAAAGCUAUUUGAAUCUCUUAUGUCAAAUAACAUGACUAAGCAUGUUUUAGUCUCAAUAUGGCUGCGCUGGAAUUAGGUAACAAAUCAAAAAAAAAGGAUGACAAACUCAACAAGUUUAUCUGCCCCAUCACGUAUACGAGUCAGCUGCCCGAUCCGACUGUGGGCUGCAAAUUUCUACCGUGUGGCAAAACUUUGCUAGACUUUACCACAGAGCCAGUAUCCUUUCCGCAGCUGGAAACCCAGUUUAGCUAUCAGUUUAAGGGGCUGCAGCUGCUCUUCGAUAUCGAUCUGGUCAAUCCAAGUGUUUACGCGCACAGCAGCGCGGAGGCAAUGGAAAUGGACCCCAAGGAUGCCGCCUUACUCGCGGAUAUUGAGGCGCUGCACAUUAACAAUCAAAAGCCAAAGGCGCUGCAUAGCUUUCCGACCCGCGCCCAGGAGUGCCGUGAGCUAUUUGCCAAGGAGCGAACCGCUGUGCCUCGGCCACGGGCGGGCCUUCAACGGCUGCAGCCGGAGCCGGAGCAUCUGGAGCUGGAGUCCUUCAGUCUGGAGCAGCAGAAGCAGAUCGUUCAACAAACAUUUGUUGAUAUUGAGAAGCCGCUGGGAUGCCAUCCCACAAAGUCGGCAAGUACCGCACGACCCGUCGCCCAGCUGCCCAUUUUUCCUGAAGCCAACUACGCCCAAUAUGAGCACGAACUCGUCCAGGUCCAGUUUGGUAUUCCGCCCAGCGGCAAUAGCAACGGGCUGCUCAAAGACUGCGGCAACUAUCUGAUCAACUUUAAGGUAAAGCCCGAGCCGCUCUUCAAGCAGAUUCAGCAUACCUCUGGCCAAAGCCUGGUGACCUACCUCGCCGAGGAGCGCUACAAGGAGGAGCGCACGGCGGACAGUGCCGACCGCGGGGAACGCUUUAUGCUGCGGGAGAAAGAUGGCAGCAUCUACUACCAAGCUGUCAGUAAGCACAUCAAGUUGCGCAAGGAGCGGCCAAGUCCGCAGGCCACGGCCAACGUCUGUCUGCUGCAGAUCAAGCGCACCAAGGAUAAUCCUCAACAACCUAGCUCCGGAACCAAGAAGUAGUCGUUUUUAGCUUCACAAAGUGGAAUCUUAAGAGUUUUACUGAGUAAUGUAUAUAACUGACAUUAUAAUUUUGGAAUUAUAAUCUAGGUUUCGAAUAUUAUUGUCUGUUAAUAUUACGAUUUUUUGCUUCCUACGGGAGCUAGUGAGGUCCGAUGUUGUAAAACUAAUAAUGAAUCUAGAUAUCGAUCCUAUAGCAGCUAUACGAUUUGAUGCUUCUAUCCGCCCGGUUUUUACUGCCUUUAACAAAAUACUGACCCAUUCAAGUGUACUUUUUGGUGUCGGAGAUGUUUUUAUGGCAAAAUUAAAAUGUUCAU